AUGGCUCUUUUGAAUUCGGACGGAUUACACGCGCUCCAGGUUGCGAUACUUUUUGCAACAAACCUUGAAAUCGCUGAUCUGCUGAUCAUUCCGAACAGUGGACUUAUCGAUGCUCCUGCAGGCGAAGGACCAUAUAAGGGAAUGUCUGCUCUUGAGCUUGCAUUGCAGCGCAGAAUCAGCCACAUCAGAGACUACAACUUCUCGAUUGCGACCAGAUACGCUCAUUCUCUUUUAAAGGCAGGAGCACGAUUCAAGGGGCUGGAAUAUCUGAUUGUUAGGCCAUGGCUAGAGCCCAAUACGUACAGAUUGGGCAUCCCAGACAACGGUCUCGCCAUGCUUGCCGACUUCUUCAACGCUGGACUCGACCCACUGACCGUGAUCAAUCACUUCCCGGGCAACAUACACCAGUACGAGACCGAGAUGACGAUUGAGCACGCUCUAUCUUUUCACAGCUCAGAGCCAGGAAUGGCUUCAUUCCUCGCGCGGCUCCUCUUCAGGAACGUCACGGAUGGCAAGAACAGCUUCCUGUACACGCUCUGUGCCGGCUGCAGCCGAGUUCUUGACCCCACCAUCGAAGCCGACGCUCGCGCUGCUAUUGAAAUCUGUUUAGAGCGCUAUGUCACCCCACAUGUCGCCGACGGUAUGAGCCAGGCGCCACUCAUGGCCCUUCUCAACUCCAUCUCUUGGUUCGAUACUCGCAGAGGCCAUCCUACGCGGCUCACGAGCCUACAUGUGAUGCUUAAAUACGUUGCCAUUCACGAUUCGGGCCCUAUUAUGGAGGCUUUAAAAUCCGCGGAGACUGCCGACGACGAGAAGAAAGCUUACAUCUUCGAUGUCGUCUGCCUGCUUCUCCAGCAUUUUUCGAGCGAUGUUCGCGAUACUCCAUGCUGGCCGAACGCCGAAUUUUGGAACUACUUUCCCAUCACGACACAGUACCAAGACUAUCGCGAUAAUUCACCCUUCCAUCAAUCCGUCGUCUCUGUAUUCUAUCAGCUUCCGGCAACCGUCGACAUCCUCCGGCGGGCAGCGGAGAGUAUAGCUAUGCAAAAGUUCCUGAGUCAACAGCUGCGACGUGAGAAAAGAACGAGAGAUUAUCGUGGCAUCUGGGAAGUUUUGACGCAACAGCAGCGGAACCGGAUGUUGCCCGGCGGCAAGGAAGAUGCAGAAGCGGCACUACCUCGCGCGUUCGUCGUCGAUAUACUCGAGCUACUCGUUGAUGAGCAGCAGAAGAGGAUACAAAAUGAGAUAUGA